GCGGCAGGGCCAUGGAGGCGGCGGCGGGAGCCCCGGAGCGCCGGGAACCGAGCCCCGAGGAGCCGGAGCCCUACGAGCCAAAGAAGCCGGGGCCGGAAGAGCCGGAGGAACAGGAGCCCUGCGAGCCAAGGAAGCCGGGGCCGGAGGCGAGGGCGCCGCCGGGGCUCUCGGAGCCGCCGGAGCCGGAGGUCGCGGCGGGGCCCAGACCUGAAGAGCCGGAGCCCUGCGAGCCAAGCAAGCCGGGUCUGGAAGAGACGGAACCGCCGGGGCUCCCGGAGCCGGGGCCCGCGGCAGCAGCCGGCGGUGCCGGGGAGGAGGCGGCGGCGAGCGGCAGGGACGGUGCCGCGGACGAGGCGCCUCCCGCCGCCCGCGCCGAAGAGGCCGCGGGCCCCUCGGCACCGGCCACUGCCGGCGGAGCGGAGCGGAGGAGCGGCGAGGCGGUGGGCGAGGAGCCGGGCGUCGCGGAGGAGGAGAGCGAGGAGGAGCAGCGGGAGCGGGAGGCGCUGCUGGAGCAGCACCGCGGGCUGGCGGGCGAGCGGGAGCGGCUGCGGCAGGCCAGCGCCCGCCUGCAGAUGCGGCUGGGCGAGCUGCUGCGGCUGCGGCAGGGCGAGCGGCGGCCGCGGGCCGAGGCGGCGGCGGGCGGGCCGCAGCGGUACGGCCAGAGCCUGCGGCGGCUGCGGGAGCUGCGGGAGGAGCGGGAGCGGGAGGCCGCCGCCUGCCAGCAGCAGGUGGAGGCCCGCCGGCGGGCCGGCGAGGAGCGGCAGGCCCGGGCCCGGGCGGAGUGGGCCGCCUUCCAGGCCCGCAAGAAGACGGUGGCCAGCGGCAGCCUCGGGCGGCGGCGGGGCGGCGCGGCGGUGGACCGCAUCCAGGCCCGGGAGCAGGACAAGGAGCAGCGAGUGCGCCAGGCCCGCGUGGAAAACAUCAAGCUGAAGCAUGAAAUCCAAAACCUUGAAACCAUCUUGAAGGCUGAGGGAGAAGGGGUAGAAGGUCAACACUUUGUGGACUUUGAGCACAUGAAGAAAGAGAAUCAGACACAGCAAAAGAUUGAUGACCUUAGUGAUGAAAUUCAGAAGCUCAAAAAGAAGGUAUCGAACACGGUACAUAUUCUCAGCCAGUUUAGGGAAAAACUGCAGUUUGUGGAAGCUGAAAACCAAGUCAGGAAGGCUGAACUGAUGAACAUUGAGACCAUCUUGUCACAGAAGAGAGUCAUUCUGACUAAAACAAAACAGGCCAGAGACAAGCUGCGAAGGAGCAAUAUGAAACUGCAGCAGCAGUGUGGGUUGCUUGGAAAUGAGAUACUGCUUCGGGACUUAGAGGAAAAGGUGGAUACUGUAGAGCUGCUAAGCCAGCGCUUGGAAGCACUGAAACGUCACCAUGCUGGGCUGAUCCUUAAUUGCAGGAGAAUUCAGAAAAAAAUCAAGGAAGCCAAUGCCUCUUUCCUUGCUGAGGAUGGCCACAGAAAACAAAGCAUGGAAAAGUAAUAGACAAGAGUUUUCCACAGUCCUAAUUCUUAACGUGCUUCUUUUUGGCAAGUCUUGGUGAAUACAUUACACAUGUACUCCUCAAAAAGCAUUUUCUAAGUGUCAGUAUUACGCAUUCAGUGAAGAGACUCCAGUAGUUACUAAUUUUGAAUGAAACCAGAUACAUGUGCCUGUCUUAAAAAAUACCUCAAACAUCUACACUUUUAGAAAACCAUCUCACCAUUCAGUCCUGCAAGACCAUGGCAGUACUGUAUAAGCAGAGAACUCCUCAUACCCUAACUCAAUCCUGAUCCUGCCACCGUCUGUAUGGAUUUUAUAAUUUGGUAUCGACUUGAUCUCUACAAUAAAUACACCUGUCAUAGGGCAGAGCACAGGGGGUGAUUUUCACAGAUAAGGCUGAGAACUGGAGUGAAGCUUAUGACCCGAGAACAGACAAUAUACUACAUAAACUAAAUAAUUCACCUACUCUCUAAAUAUACUUGGCUGCCAGGUUUGCCUUAGUGGUGCACAAGAAGAAAGGUUUAUCAUUUUAAGAAUUAUUUUUAUAGUAUAAAUAUAUACAUAUUACCACUCAAAACCACAGUUUUGCAUUUUUUUGGUCUUUCAGCUUUUACUGUUUUAGGGUGUACUCAGCCUUGUCUUCCUCAUAGAUGGUGUGUGAAGAGGUGGAAUAGUGUAAGCCCAUCACUGUUUUAGUCCAAUCUGCACUGCUCGACUACAGUCUGUCAGAAUUCCAGACAAAAAGACUGAAGAAGGGGAGGGAGCGACAAACAUUUACACAUCUGUGACUGUACAGCUCACAGAGCUUUAGUUACAGGAAGCUGCUUCCCUUUUCAAAAUAGCAUGUUCUUUAAACUCCUGUUUCCCCAUGGCAAACUGUCUAUGAGACUGAUCUAUAUCCUGCAGCUCUUGCUGCUGCUAGUGUAGCAUUAUUUUUGAUUUAAGGUGUGGGAUGGAUGCCAAGAAUAUAGAAACAUCUUAGGACAGUAAAACGUUGGAGCUGUGACAUGCUAUGUUCUCAUUACUGAAGGAACUGCAACUUUGGCAGGCUCCUUACAGGCCACCACUAGCUGAUAUGCCCAAUUAUCCAAUCAGUCCUACUGAGUUCAUUGUUAAUUUCUAUUUGUGGUAUCAUUACUUUGCUUAGACAGAUGCACAAUCUUUAGUCCCAUUUUUGGCAGUCAGUUGGGUAUUAAAGGCCCAGAUUUAAGGGCUCAACAGCUGUGAAUUUUGCAAGAAAGGCGGCACGUCCCAGUGGGAAGGAAGAAAAAUGGAGUCUUUUGGUUUUCCACCACACGUUGGAAUUACACCCCAUGGGACCCGUAUUGCUGAGCUGCUGGUUCUAGUUCCGAAAUAAGUUGCAUAUGCUUUUAAGCAAAGUACACAAAUCACUGAAUGCACUUACAGGGGGAUAAAAAGUAGAUGAACUUACGUAAAGACAUUUAUAGGAAUGGCUUACACCUUUCUCUUUUAAGUCAUCUCUGAAGUAGGUUUUCUGAAUUGCCAGGAUAUUUAAAAGACAAAACAUAAUUAAAGGGGUGACUACACUAUUGAAGGCUUAAAUCUUUUUCUUUUGUCACAGUGAAAUGAGAGAUCAGUAAUCUCUUACUGCAAUCAUGCAAUAGCAAUUCAGUUAUAUUCUUCUAAGGCCCUCACAGUUCUGCAGAACUAUUGCAUACACAGUGGAACUGUGCAAGCUCUUGUUUCACUAAUGACAGAUUUAAAUAUGAUACUCUCUAUCUUCAGUAGCUCAAACACUGUACUCAUGAAGAGACAUUACACAACUAAUAUUCAAAAACCUUUCACAAAAUACUAGUAGAUCUACCUCUCUCUGUUGUUGCUGAAUAGCAAAAGGAGACAACUGCCAACCACGUAUCUUAAAAAAAGAAACACCAAACUCAGUACCUUUCAUCUUCAGCCUUGUACUGACAGUGAGCUCUUCUGCUGAAAGAGUGGCUAUUGCACAAGUCAAGCAACCUCCUCGUGUUCCACAAAACUGUCUUCAGAAAUAAUUAAGAAUGAUCAGCAGUCAUCUCUCUAAGAUAAGUUACUUUUACCUGUUUCGACUUCUUAAAAAUUCCUGCCAGGAAAAUUCUUACACUUGGUGCUUCUGAUUUAAGAUACAUAAACCUUCCUUUAACUUGUAAAACCCUAUCAAGCAACAAAUGUAGACAGAUAAAGGGAGGAGAAGCAGGGAAGGUAAAUCUUGGAUGCUUUUCGUUGCUGCAUGCUUGGCAUCUGGAGAAUUCAAGAGUUUAGGGUGCCAGUGAGGUCGAUGGUAUAUUUCCUGAACUGAGUAUUUCUACUGAAACAAAUACAAAGACAUUUGCUUAAACUUCACGUGCUGUCUCCAGGACCACUUCUUUUUUUUUUUUUUUAGCACUGAUUUCUUGAGACAAUCCACUGCUACCCCAGACUUCCAGAGCACCCUGAGAUUGAAGAUCAAAGUUUCCUCAAUUUUCUUCCAACAAAUACAGGAAGACAUUCUGUCAGGAAGCAGUGAAGACAAAUGUCAUUUUACUUCCUAAUCUCAUGUGCUGACACGCAGGGAAGUAUUUCACUUCUCUUCGAACAGACUGGAAUUAGUACUGAGAAAACAGGUAAGGAAAAGUAAAUCUGUUUUUGAACCAUUUUGUCCAACUCCUAUAAUAUAUACAACACAAAGC